AUGAAACCACUCUUGUUCAUUCUCUUCCUCUUCUUCUCCACCACCAUUACAGCCUCUUCAUCUCCCUCUCUUCCUCUCCCACCAACCCCUUCUCCCACAUCAUCACCACCUUCAACUCCUUCAACUCCUUCAUCAUCUAAAUCCACUCUUGACCCUAAACAAAUCACAGCCCUACAAUCCCUCAACAUCCCAACCUCAAAAGACCCAUGUUCUCAACCUUCCUUCCACAAUGCCACCCUCUGUGACUCCUCCAAACCCUUCCGCCACCUCAUCUCCCUAACCCUCUCCAACUGUUCCUCCUAUGUCUCUCUCUCUUUCACCGCACUCAAAUCACUCUCUACUCUCACCUCACUCAAUCUCAUCAACUGCCCCAUUUCACCUAUCCGCUUCCCUCCCCAACUCAUCUCAUCUCUCAGAACCUUCACCUGCAUCAACAGCCUCCGCAGAAUCUCCGGCGUUUGGCUCUCUCAGCUUCAGAAUCUCACCGAUCUCACUGUCUCAAAUGUCCAAGUCAAAGCUUCUGGUCCUUAUGUCAUUCUUGGCCACAUGAACUACCUCAAAACCUUGACAGUUUCUCAUGCUAACCUCACUGGUUUCUUACCUGGUCACAUUCAUUCAAAUCUCACCCAUGUUGAUUUUUCAGGUAAUCAGCUUAAAGGAAAUAUACCCAUUUCAAUUACCAUGCUUGAUAGUCUUCAAAGUUUGAAUCUUUCCUCUAAUAAACUUUCCGGUGAAAUACCCUCUUCUAUUGGUGACUUGAUUUCUCUCAAAAACCUCUCCUUGGCUUCAAAUUCAUUUUCUGGGUCUAUCCCAGAUUCAUUUUCUGCUCUUCCUGGUUUACUUCAUUUGGAUCUGAGUUCAAACCAACUCAAUGGGUCUAUCCCAAAGUUCAUUUCUGAAAUGAAGAGUAUCAAGUACUUGAAUCUAGCUAACAAUAACCUUCACGGUGUUGUUCCCUUUAACCUCACAUUCAUAAAGGGGUUAGAAGUGUUCAAACUUGGUGGGAAUAGCAAUUUAUGUUACAAUCAUUCAGUUUUGUCUUCGAAACUGAAACUCGGAGUUUCUCCUUGUGAUAAGUAUGGAAAGCCGGUGUCUCCUCCUGCUUCAAAGGAUUCUUCUGCAGAUGAUAGCAGCGAUGAUGAUUAUGAUGACAGUGAUGAUGAUGGUAGUAGCAAGCACAAGAAGGAUAAUCAUCAUGGGCCUAACAAGUUUGUUCUUGGCGUGGCUAUUGCACUUUCUUCCAUUGUUUUUCUUAUUGUGUUUUUAAUUGUUUGCUCCAAAUGUUGUCGUUGA